GCCUGAGGCGCUCGCGCACCGAGAGCGGGCUGCUGGCUGUGGACAUGGCGGCGUCGGCGGCCACUGCGGCGACCAAGGGGAAUGGGGGAGGCGGCGGUCGGGCCGGGGCCGGCGAAGCUAGCGGCCCUCGAAAGAAGAAAGGCCCAGGGCCUCUGGCCACGGCGUACCUGGUCAUCUACAAUGUGGUGAUGACCGCGGGGUGGCUGGUCAUAGCGGUCGGGCUGGUCCGAGCAUACCUGGCGAAGGGCAGCUAUCACAGCCUUUAUUAUUCCAUUGAAAAGCCUUUGAAAUUCUUCCAAACUGGAGCCUUACUAGAGAUUUUACAUUGUGCUAUAGGGAUUGUCCCGUCUUCUGUUGUCCUGACUUCUUUCCAGGUGAUGUCAAGAGUUUUUCUCAUCUGGGCAGUAACACACAGUGUGAAAGAGGUGCAGAGUGAAGACAGCGUCCUCCUGUUUGUUAUUGCCUGGACCAUCACAGAAAUUAUCCGCUACUCCUUUUACACAUUCAGUCUUUUAAACCAUCUGCCUUACCUCAUCAAGUGGGCCAGAUACACACUGUUCAUCGUGCUGUACCCGAUGGGUGUGUCAGGAGAGCUGCUCACCAUCUACGCGGCCCUGCCCUUUGUCAGGCAAGCUGGCCUCUACUCCAUCAGUCUUCCUAACAAAUACAACUUCUCCUUUGACUACUACGCGUUCCUGAUUCUGAUCAUGAUCUCCUACAUUCCACUUUUCCCCCAGUUAUACUUCCACAUGAUACACCAGAGAAGAAAGGUCCUUUCUCAUACUGAAGAACACAAGAAGUUUGAAUAGUUCCUGCUUUCUGCAACUCCUUCCCCACUGCUCCCUGCCCCUAAAAAAAAAAACAACUUUUCAAUGAUCAAAAAAAAAAAAAAUGCUGCAGACUUUUUGAAUUCCCAAUACGUUU